AUGGUGGCUCUUCUCUGGGUGGUGGGGUUCAUCGUUGCAAUUGCUGAGUGUGUGCUGGGGGUCCUCUUUAACUUCUACAUUAUAGUGCUGAAUGCUGCCCACUGGAGACGAGGCCUCCCACGGAGUCUUUGUGAUAAGAUUUUGGUUCUCAUGGCCAUCAACAACAUUUGCCUGCAGUGUGACAUGAACAUCUGCACGUUCCUGUUCAUCAUGUACCCGAACAUGCUCCAGUACCCCAACAUCUCUUCCACUGUCUCCGUCUUUCUGAUCUUCCAGUUCUACUUCAGUUUUUGGAUCACAGCAAUUCUGUGUGUCUACUACUGCCUGAGGAUCGUCAGCUUCAAGCUCCGCUUCUUCAUCCACCUCAAGACUAACAUCACCAACGUGGUGACCAGAUUCCUGAUAGGGGCAGGUCUUGGAUCAUUCGCCAUCAGCCUUCUGAGCAUUUGGGAAAUUCAUUUGAAGAUGUGUGUCAUCGCUAGGAACGUCACCUCCAGUCCUAUGAUCAUUGACACCAACAUUGAACUUUCUGCCAUCACCCUGAACCUCAGCUCUGGUUCAUGGAUAAUUGACGCCACCAUCGAGCUGACUCAGACCUAUAAAUUUCUAACCAUUGGUUUGGGCUGCUGUUUGCCCUUCGUGCUGGCCAUCCUCUCCAUCGUCCUCACUCUGACCUCCCUGUGGACACACUACCAUAAUAUGAAGUACAACCGUUCCGGUUUCAGCAUCCCCAGUCUAGAUGCUCACAAGAGGGCCGCUCGGAUCAUGGUCUAUCUCUCCAUACUGUACGCCAUCUUCUACCUCUCAGAGGUCAGCCUCUUGGCAUCUUCCCUGACCAUUCAAUCCAUGUCUGAAAUGGCAGCACUAUUUUUUGUGCUAAUCUACCCCACCGUUCAGUCCUCCAUUGUGAUACUGGGCAACUCCAAACUCUGCCCAACGUAUCUGAAGAACCUGAGGUUAGGCAAGAAGGUCUAA